GUUUUUCUGUUUGGUGAUUAGAACCGUGGUUGGUUGUUUUGUCUUUCUGUCAAUUGAUUAUUUUUGUAUACAGAGACAGUCGGCUGUUUGGCCUAUAGCAAAUUGCCGCUUUACACCGCGGGAAGGGAGUAUGUUUACAGAGAGACUUUAUGCGCAAGAUUCUUAAGGCUGGAACCUUCCUGGAAAUAUGUCUCGUCGGCUAACAAGAGAAGAGUUAGAUGAACAAUUUGAGCAAUUCCUAAAGGAGUCUGUCUCUGAUGAUUCCAUCGACUUUGGAAAUGCAACAAGGUCAAGCAUCUUGGAUACACUGGGAGACGCCGAAAAGAAACAAAUCAAGAAGAAAGACUCCAAACCAUGGUGGAACAAUGAUGAUCAUGACGAUGAUGAUUCCUCUGGAAAAGAACCACAAAAAAGAAGAUUUACAAAACUGAAAAAAGGGCGGGAUGUUCCUCAAAGUGAAGCUGUUACCUCGGCUGGAGAACACAAGGAGAACUGUUCUGAGCACUCGCCUCGCGUCCCUUUAAAUCCUAACCCUAAACCUUGCAGCAAGGCACUGGAUAAAUUGAAGAAGCUGGAGCAGUUCCAUCAGGCUAAGAAAGAAGUGCACUUGAAUGCAGAAGGGGAAAGCAGUGACAGUGAUUCCCAAGGCAGUGCUGAUGGAAUACUGGCAACAGGCAGGAGCUUUCUCAAAUCCCAAAGGAGCUCGCAGACUAUUGAAGAAGUAGAUGAAGAGGAGCAGAGAGAGACGUCACCGGGUCAGCCAAGUGACAAUGUAGCUGUGUCUAUCAGCAGAGACAGCUUGGAACCUGAAGACUCUGUGAUGGCUUCAGGACCUGGGCCGAGUGCUGUGGGGUUCGGAAUGGACACUUUAGAUGAAGAGGAAGAAAAGGAACGUUUUUUUGCUAACCUUGAAAGAGGAGCGUCGUCCACUAUUGAUUAUUCAAAAUUAAACAAAGAGCUGGACUCGACAGGCUCCACUGUCAUUGCAACUUUGAGAAACAAUGAAAAGCCAGCAUUGGAAAACGAGGAGAACAAAGAGGAAAAAGAGGACUCUCUGCCUAAAAGUACACAUAUGUCUGCUGAUUACAGUGAAGAUUUCGAGGAGGAUGCGGGUGGCAGGGAAGACCAAGAAAUAGUACUUCGUCCUGCCAGUAGUGAUCAUUGUGAGAAAGAGAAGCAUGACCAGGGAUCAAAGAAAAUUGGAAUGCUAGCUAAAGUGUCACUGCUUGAUUCGCAAGAGUCAAAACACAGUACAGGGAGUGAAAAGGAUGAUGGAAUAAUGAAAGUGGUUUCAUAUGGGCAAAGUGCCAGUGAGAUUGAAGCACUACAAGAGGCCUAUCGCAAGAUUAAUCAUUCUUUGGGAGACACUGAUGUUGAGCAGAAACCGCUAAUGAGUGAAAGCGGAAAGAACAAAAGUUCAUUUCUGCACACUCUUGAAAAUACCAGGGAUACAACACAAAAUGUUACUACCGAAUCAGAUAUGCCUACAGUAGAAGAACUGAUGAAGCCAAUUGGAAGAGAAACCCGUGGAUUUGAAUUGCAACCAGUAAGUGACAUUGGGCAGCGAUUUGGCAGACUGGAUGAAUUAUCCAGUAAGAAUUCCUUGGAAGAACAGCGCAAGUUUUCUGAAGAAGAGCGUGCUUUAAAUUAUUUUUCAGAAGGUCAGAAUUGUAAAAAGAGGCAUGGUUUCCCAAGAGCUUGUGGAGAAGCUGUUGAUGAUGGAGACAAAAGAAUUGCUAAUGAAGUGGAUAACCUAAUGCAAUAUGUCUCAAAGGCCAAGAUUGUUCCAAGACAUUCUUCACUGGUGGAUACUGAUGGAAAAAUACACAAGGAUUCAGAACUAUCUUCUAUGUUAGGUGGAGGUGAAACUGUGGAUACUGGUCGAAAAACUCCAUCCAAGACAACCAAAAGCCCACAAUCUAAAAUGAAAAAAACCUUUGGUGACACCUCUGUAGCUGUCAAGAGUUCUGGGUAUGGCAAAGGUGGUCUCUCAACAAAGCAACUUUUACCUGUGGGUGAUAAGAAGACAGUGAACAAACAUCCUCAAAAGAUGGGUCCAAAAGGUCAAUUACCAGCAGAGAAAGCAACAAGCAAGCUAAAAGGAGGAAUGUCGCAGACGCAGACAUUUAAUUCCACAAUGACAAAAUGUGGGCUAAAGAUGGAUAGUGGACUUUUUGCUUCAGUGCAUUCGUUUGCUGGUUAUCUGCAGCAGCAAAUUGAUAGGAGUAUAAAAGGCGCCGGGCAAAUACAAGAUCAUAUGAUUGAAUCUUCUGGAAAUGCAAUAGAAGAGCUUCCAAAGCAUAAUAAUUCACCAAACCAUGCAGGAAACAUCCAAAGAGAGAUCAGCCUAUUACAAAGGGCAGAGGAAGCUCAUGAAAGAUUGAGCACUGAACACAACCUGGUGGAGAAACUCAAAGCAGAGUUACAGCAAAAGGAGAGGGAGCUUCAGCACAGAGAUGAAGAGCUGAGGCUCAAACAUGAGAAAGAAGUGUUUGAGCUGAAGCAGGAGAAUUACAUUAUACAGACCAAGCUCCACAGCAUAGAAGAAGCCAGUAAGAAAAAUAAAUGGGUUUUUGGUGACCCAGCUGACCCAAUAACAGAGCAGAAGUUGAAGCUUAUAGAAAAGGAGGUUAAGGAACAAGAGAUACUCAUUCAAGGCUACCAUCAGGAAAAUGAAAAGCUAUACAGACAGACAAAGGCACUCCAGGCUAUAAAUAAACAAAAUGAGGAACUGAUGUUCAAGGAGAAUCACCGUUUAAUGACUGAACUGGCUUUCAUGAAGGAACAGAUGACCAAGAGUAACCUGCAACAAACUGUAGGUCAUGAUGGUGAGAUGAGCAGAAACCAGACUUUUACAGAAUUACUUGUACAACUGAGAGCUGCUCAGAAAGAGGAGGCAAAGCUCAUGGAAGAAGUAAGAAGACUUAAGCAAGACAAACAGUCUCUCGAGGUGGAUCUUGUUCAUAUGCAAAAGGAAAGAGAUCUUGCUAAAGCCCAAGUCAUUCAUACAUCAGGUGAUAAAACCUUUGAGAUGAAGAUCAUGGAAGACCAAUAUAAGCAAGAAAUAUGUGGUUUGAAAAAGAGAUUGCAAUGGUAUGCUGAAAACCAGGACCUUCUGGAUAAGGACACACAAAGACUCAUAGCAGCUUCCACCGAGAUACAGAAACUGAAAGAUCAGGUCGAAAAACUCAAGACAGAAGUUAUAGACCGAAAUGUGCAACAACAAAGAAAAUUCAAGGAGAGAGUGGGUGAUGCAAAAAGAAUUCAGGACCUUGAGAGACAGGUAAAGGAAAUGGAGGACAUUAUUCGGAGAAGGCAUCCAAACUCCCUGCCCGCCUUGAUCUUUGCUGCUGCUUCAGCCACAUCCGGUGAAGGAGAUGCUUCUUCCAAAAGUGAUACAGUGAGUUUCCUGGAGAAGAGGAUUACCAGGCUGGAAGCUGAUCUUGAAGGUAAAGAUGAGGAGGCCAAGAAGAGUCUUCGAGCUAUGGAGCAACAGUAUCAAAAAAUAAAGAUCAAAUAUGAGCAAAGGAUUUCAGAGUUGGAGCAGCUGUUGUCCUCCAAACUUAUGAAUGAACAUGAUAAGCCUCACCAGUAUGCUACCAAAGCUAAGGCAUUACAAGAGGAAAUUACCCUACUAAAAGAGGUUUACAAAACCAAUGAAAGAACUCUAAAGAGCGAAAUUGACACCCUUCAAAAACAACUUGCAGAAGAGCAAAAGAAAACUUCAGAAGAAUAUGGGAAAAGUCCCCAAAAAACUGAAAAGUUUGUGGAAGGGACACAAUACAAAGUCAGGAUAGAGAAACUCAAUCAUGAAUUGGCCGCCAAAAAUAAAGAGAUACAAGAACUGUUAAAAACAAUUGACAGACUUCAAAAGGAAAGAAGGACUCUGCUUUCUGGCCAAACUGCAGCUGAGAAAGCACGUGAGAGCAGACUGAAGCCUUCCAAAGGAAACAUAAAAGACAAUGUUCCCAUACCUGACACAAAAGUUGUAGGUGACAUUCAGCCCUUUCCUGCUUCUUUGGAUGAAAAAUGUUACCAGCCCCUUGCCUUUACUGGUUCUCAUAUAUCUGAAGUCCUACAAGAAAAUGAAAAGCUGAAGUUAGACAUGGAACAGCUGAAGUUAGAAAUGAACCAGCAAAGAUUAAAACUGCAGGCAUCAGCUGCACAGACAGAAUGUGAAGCUAGAAGGGCACGUGAAGAAGCAGCUGAACAUAUUUCAGCUUUAAAAGGAGAACACCAGAAAAAGCUGGAAAGAAUACUUACCCACCAGGCUUUGGAGCACUCUUCAUCAAAAGUGGCAGAACUCACAAGUAAAAUCUCUACACAAGAGAUAAUGAUAAAGUAUCUCCGUGAUCAAGUCGGUGAGCUUCAGAGGACUAAAGAAGCUCUUGCUGUUGUACAAGUUCGUGAAGAAACACUGCAAACUCAGAUGGUAAGACAGUUGGAAGAACUAAAAGAAGCUAAGGAGACUCGCACCCCUGAGCUAAAGCACUUCCUAGCUCUGGAUAGAAAAAUAAAGAAUAUCGAGAUGAGGCAAGCACAAAGAGAGCAAGAACUCCAACAGCAGACACGUUACAUUGUUGAUGAAGAGAAACUCCAAGAAGCUGAGAAGUGGAAGAGGCUGGCCCAGUUAAGGACUCGGGAAUUGGAGACUUUUAGAGUUGAGUUAGAUUCAAUACUGAAUGUUCUGCGUGAGCUGCAGAAACAAGGAGUUGUCAUUCCAGCUCCUAGCGCUGUAGGUACCAACUUCUAAAAACGUAUUUGAAAAACAUAACAAAAUACUUUAGUAAAAUUAACAAAUUAUCGUCAUUCAGUGUAAUGUAAUUAAUAAGUGUAUUGAAAACUGAUACAAGCAUUGUUACCAGUAUGGUAUUUGUUCAAUGUAAAAGUCAGCAUUACUUUGUAAGUAAUUAUUACAUACUGUGUGUGAAGUGAUAUAUAGAGUCCUUAAAACAAAUGUUUUUGUGUUAUUUUUGUUUGUUUAUGUUAUCUCCAUAUUUAUCUUGUCUUUGUCCUGUCUUUUUGAAAAUGUGAAAUUUUUCUUUAAAAAUUCUAAGGGAACAAUAUAUGUUUAAUUGUAAAUAUGGAAAAUCAUGGAUAUGAAUAACUAUUCUAUAUUAUCAGUUUGUAAAUAAUUCUACUGUUUAAAUGUUGUUGUUUUUUGUGAACAUACUAAUUUAUUUUUGUAGGCUUGUAAAAAAAAAAAAAGUAAUAUUAUUUAAAAAUACGAUAAAAUCUUAAUCAAAAAAGUUAAUUGUGAAGACAACCAAGAUGUUACACAUUUUUCUUCACUAAACCUGCUUUUACUUUGAAUAAAAUCCUUGGCAAAAAGCUUGAUUACCUUUCAGUCUGUACAAUUCAGACAUCCUAUGCAAUUUCUAGCCUGAUAGAUGUCCUCUUUAAUUAAGCUCCUGUGAAAGAUUAUUAGGAAUCAAUAGUGUUCUGUCCAUGUCUGUCAUCUGUGUAAAAUGAAUUGAUAUCAAUCUGUGGAAGUUUUUUGUUACGCUUAUUUAACAAGUAUAAUAAAUACCCUUGUGGAA